CUUCCAUGAUAUCAUUUUUGCUUUUAUCUUGUGAAACUUUUCUUUCCUUACGAUUACGAUUUAAUUUGUUAAAACCAUGAGCGAUCCGCAGCCGAGUAGAAGUAGACGUCAGAAGACUGACAAGACUGGACGGUUGUCAGCCUUAGAAAGAUUAAAACAGUUGAAAGGUAGUAAGAAUAAAUAUGAGGUUGAAGAGUUGGACAAUGUUUAUGAAGAAGUCGACGAGAAAGAAUAUACAAAGACCGUGAUAGAAAGACAGAGCAACGACUGGAUCGUUGACGAUGGUGAAAGUGGGUAUAUAGAAGAUGGGAGAGAAAUUUUUGACGAUGACUUGGAUGAUGAAAGUGUGCAAGAAGCAAGAAAGAAUAAAGUAGCAGGUCCUAGAAAGCAUACGAAGGAGAAGAUUAAGAAGAAACAAAAUAUCCAAAAUAUGUUAAUGAACAUGCCUUCGAAAAGUAAAUCUGCAGUUGUAGUAAACGACGACAACAUUCUAGGAGACCUAAUGUCUGAGUUGAAGAAAGACAAUACACCGAAGAGGCCAGAGUCAAGAACUGUCAAAAACAAAUUUUGUACUACCCCAAAAUUAAGUGAGAAGAAAAAUCAACAAGAGGAGAUACAAAUUAAUGAUGAUGAUGAUAAUGAUUUAUUGAUAUUUGAUAAACCGAAAGCAAAUGUAUCUAAGCCAAAAGUGUCGUCCCAAUCGAAAGAUUCUGGAUUUGAUCAAAGUACUAGCCAAAUAAUUUCACAGAUUGAUUCAUGUGAUACUGUUGAAUGUACGAUAUUAAAUGAUGAAGCAGUGACUCAAAAUACUAAAAAUACAAGUUGCAGUCAAGUGAUCGAGAUUGAAAGCGAAGAUUUUGUACACUUUGACGAAUCCGAUUUUACUAUGGACUUCAAAAUUGAUGAAAAUGAAAAAUCUGCGCUACCUAUAAGUAAAAAAAACGUGGAAAAAGAGGUUUCUACUCCAAUUAAAGCUUGUGAAACCGAACAGGAAGAGUUUGACAUAGAUAGUUUGAACAAAGUGUUAGAGAUAGAGUUUGAAACACAAAUGUCAGACAUCGAAAUGUCGACCGACACAACGGAAGAACUGCCUUUACCACUUUCAUCUGGUGCGAACAACGAAGACGUAUUUAGGUUUUACUGGUGGGACGCUUACGAAGAUCCAUACAAACAACCCGGCGUUGUACAGAUAUUCGGAAAAGUCUUCGUGCCUUCUACAAAAGAAUAUUGUUCGUGCUGUGUAACAGUAAAAAACAUCCCAAGAAGAGUUUAUCUCCUUCCUAGAUUAUACGUGAAAACAUCGUCUAAGGAGAAUAAGGAACAACAAUUGAAUACAAUAGAAGACGUUUACAAAGAAUUUAAUCAGUUCGCGAACAAAUUAGGAAUAAAGGAGUUCCGUAGCGCUAAAGUGACCAAGUUUUAUGCUUUCGAGGAUGAAGGAACUCCGAUAAAAUCUGAGUAUUUGGAAGUAAGAUAUUCCGCGCAAUAUCCCGCGGUGCCUGCCGAUUAUUCUGGCCCGUGUAUAGAACGCGUGUUCGGUACGACAGUAAACGCUUUAGAGUUAUUCCUAAUUGAAAGAAAUAUCAAGGGACCAUGUUGGCUCGACGUUAAAAGUCCACUGCGUAACGAUAUUCAAAAUAACUGGUGUAAAAUAAAGGUGAACUGCAUGAAGAUGGAGAGCAUAUCUGUUUCGCCUGAAUCUAAAGUGAUUCCACCGCUCGUAACAACGACUCUCAACGUGCGAGCAAGCUCGAAUUCUAAGUCGCAACAAAACGAGAUAAUCAUGGUCGCGAUUCUGAUACAUCGCAAGUACCACAUUGACAGAGAACCACCAAAGCCACCGUUUCAACAACAUUUCUGCCUGAUCACACAUCCGCGUGAUACGCCUUGGCCGAGACAAAUACGAGAAAUGUUCUCAACGCUUUCAUAUACCAAAGUAAUGAAAUUCGAAACGGAAACGGAGUUAUUAGAGGAAUUGUUAACGAUAAUACAUGGGGCAGAUCCAGACAUAUUGAUCGGUUACGAUUGUGGCUUUCAAUUCGAUCUCUUGAUGCAUAGGAUGACUGCGUUGAAAGUUUCAAAUUGGAGCAGACUCGGAAGGCUGAAACGUUCGGUUCCUCCUAUGAUAAGAGGAAGGAUUCAUAUGAAUCAAGUAUUAGCCGGCCGACCUACUUGCGACAUACAAGUUUCAGCUAAAGAGUUGAAUCUGAAAGUACGAAGUUACGAUCUGCAAUCUCUUUGCGUGGCGGUAUUAAAGAAGAAGGAGAAUGAGUGCAGAGAAAUAAAGCCCGGUGAAUCCGCAUUAUUUUACAACACUACCACUAAGCUGGAUAAUUUAAUUAAAAUAACAUUGACGGAAGCGUUGUACAUUUUGUCUAUCGUUUUCGAACUGAACGUGCUUCCGCUCGCUUUACAAAUCACGUGCAUCGCUGGGAAUAUUAUAUCUAGGACGUUGACAGCAGGCCGCGCAGAAAGAAAUGAAUAUUUAUUGAUGCACGCGUUCCACUUGAAGCAGUAUAUAACUCCUGAUAAACGUGACGCGAAAAAGAAGACGAGUGAAGAAAACACUGGUAGAAAGAAAGCGGCUUACGCUGGAGGUUUGGUUCUCGAACCUCAGAAAGGAUUCUACGAUACACUUAUUUUACUGAUGGAUUUCAACUCGUUGUAUCCUAGUAUAAUUCAGGAAUAUAAUUUGUGCUUCACUACCGUGCCUGGUGCUGCGUACGCUUUGGAUUUAGAAGUUCCUGAGUCUAAUUUAGAACCCGGUGUAAUACCAACGGAAAUUCGGAAGUUAGUCGAAAGCAGAGUAGAAGUAAAGAAAUUAAUGAAAGCACCGAACAUUUCACCCGAACUGCGGAUGCAAUACAACAUCAGGCAAAUGGCUUUGAAGCUUACUGCGAAUUCUAUGUACGGUUGUUUGGGUGCGACCCAUUGCAGAUUUUAUGCUAAAGGACUCGCUGCUCUAGUCACAGCCAAAGGUCGAGAAAUUUUGCAACAUACGAAGAGUUUGGUUGAGAAAAUGAACUAUCAAGUUAUAUACGGGGACACGGACUCUAUAAUGAUAAAUACUAAUUUGUUAGAUUACGAUGAAGUCUUCGCUGUUGGCAGAAAGAUCAAGCAAGAAGUGAACAAAUAUUAUAAGCGAAUAGAGUUAGACAUCGAUGGCGUUUUCCGUUACUUGUUACUUCUACAAAAGAAAAAAUACGCUGCGGUCACGAUGACAAAACUACCUAGUGGACAAAUAGAGUUGGCGCAAGAACACAAAGGUCUCGACAUCGUGAGAAGAGAUUGGUGUCAAUUAGCCUGCGAAAUUGGAAAAAAAAUUUUGGAUCGCCUGUUCUCCGGUCAAGCAGAUGAAGAUCGAAUAAUAGAAGUGUUUAAUAUUCUACGAGAUGUUUCAGGGAAUGUUAGAGAAAAUAAAGUUCCCUUGUCUUCACUGGUUAUUACGAAACAGUUAUCGAAAAAUCCAAACGAGUACCCGGACUCUAAGCAAGCUCACGUACAAGUAGCUUUAAGGCUUAACAAGGAAGGUGGAAGAAUGUGGAAGGCAGGAGAUACAGUUCCGUAUAUCAUAUGCAACGAUGGGACAGAAAGAUCUGCGACCGAGAGAGCGUAUCAUAUAGACGAGUAUAAAAAGAGCGAUACUUUGAAGAUAGACGUUGAUUAUUAUUUAUUAAGCCAAGUUUUUCCUAUUGUUUUACGAAUUUGCGAACCGAUCGAAGGGAUCGAUGAUGUUUUAAUAGCCACGCAUCUCGGUUUGCAGAACAUUUAUAAGUCAAAGAAAGUAUAUGAUUACGAAGAAGAAGCGGUACUAAAUGUAGAUAGAUUUAAAUACUGUCUGCCUCUGAAAUUCAAUUGCAAAGACAGAAAGUGCCAGUCAGAAAUCAUAGUUAAAGAUAUCACAGUUGAAACGCCUACAGGACAGCAAUUGGCACUUGCCGCCUGUUCGAAUCUAAACUGCGGUGUAAAACCGUGGACGUAUGCCAAUGCAAUUCAAAAUAUAGCAGAACUUUCUAUACACGAGUCGAUUAAUGAGUAUUACCAAGGAACGUUAGAAUGUGAAAAUCCAAUGUGCGGUGAACAAGUAGACGGGAUUCCAUUACGUUACUCUGAUAAUUAUCUGAUCUGUCCCGAGUGCAACGAUGGCCAGUUGCACAAAGCAUAUUCAGAGAUGAGACUUUAUGAUCAGAUCAGUUUUUAUGUUCACAUUUUCGACGUCAGUCAUUCGUCGUACAAAAGUUUAUUAUCUCAGCAUCCACAAGGCUUGAGAGAAGCCUAUGAUACUUUAAAAGAGGCGAUGGAAAGAAUAUUAAAUCGAAAUGCGUAUUCUAUCGUCGAUAUGUCAAGCAUUUUCUGUGGCUUUAAAAAAGAUGAUCAAGCUACGUACCUACAAAUUAAAGAUGUAUACGACAACGAUGAAUAUUUGCCAUUUGAAGACGAAGGAUAACCGUUUGAAACCCUCAUACUGCCAGUAAUGUUACAUGAACAAAACGAGUAUAGUAGUACGUAACUCUGAUUGUUUAUUUUUUUAAAUCGUGCAUAUGGUUUGUAA